CCGCUGACGUUGGAGGUCAGAGGUUACAGACAAGAUGUCUGCUUACGGUCGCUUUGAGCAGUUGCGGAGAGGAGCAUCUCUGGGACAGAAGCUUGUCCACGGUGGUUUAUAGGAGCUAGGUCGAAGGAGCGAGGUUGAGGCGGUGGCGACCCGUCAGGCAGCUCCGCUGGAGGCCAGCCGGCUGCGGAACGUGACUUUUGGGGACCGCAGGAGAGCGGGGAGUGUGAGGUGCCAUUGACCAGUAAUGCCCGGUUUCCCCCAGGGAAGCCGGGAAGCCAAACUCCGCUGGAGCGCUUCAUGCCGCCGACUGGUUUAGAGCCCACCAGAAUGAACAGGAAGAAAGGAGACAAGGGCUUUGAAAGCCCGAGGCCAUAUAAAUUAACCCAUCAGGUCGUCUGCAUCAACAACAUAAAUUUCCAGAGAAAAUCGGUUGUGGGAUUUGUGGAACUGACCAUAUUUCCCACAGUUGCAAACUUGAAUAGAAUCAAGUUGAACAGCAAACAGUGUAGAAUAUACCGAGUAAGGAUCAAUGACUUAGAGGCUGCUUUUAUUUAUAAUGAUCCAACCUUGGAAGUUUGUCACAGUGAAUCAAAACAGAGAAACCUCAAUUAUUUUUCCAAUGCUUAUGCAGCUGCAGUUAGUGCUGUGGACCCUGACGCCGGAAAUGGAGAACUUUGCAUUAAGGUUCCAUCAGAGCUAUGGAAACACGUCGAUGAGUUAAAGGUCCUGAAGAUACACAUCAAUUUUUCUUUGGAUCAACCCAAAGGAGGUCUUCAUUUUGUGGUACCCAGUGUAGAGGGAAGUAUGGCAGAGAGAGGUGCUCAUGUUUUCUCUUGUGGGUAUCAAAAUUCUACAAGAUUUUGGUUCCCUUGUGUUGAUUCAUACUCUGAAUUGUGUACAUGGAAAUUAGAAUUUACGGUAGAUGCUGCAAUGGUUGCUGUUUCUAAUGGAGAUUUGGUGGAGACAGUGUAUACCCAUGAUAUGAGGAAGAAAACUUUCCAUUAUAUGCUUACCAUUCCUACAGCAGCAUCAAAUAUCUCCUUGGCCAUUGGACCAUUUGAAAUACUUGUAGAUCCAUACAUGCAUGAGGUUACUCAUUUUUGUUUACCCCAGCUUCUUCCAUUGCUUAAACAUACCACAUCAUACCUUCAUGAAGUCUUUGAAUUUUAUGAAGAAAUUCUUACAUGUCGAUACCCAUAUUCCUGUUUUAAGACUGUAUUCAUCGAUGAGGCUUAUGUUGAAGUGGCUGCUUAUGCUUCCAUGAGCAUUUUUAGCACAAAUCUUUUACACAGCGCCAUGAUUAUAGAUGAGACACCUUUGACUAGAAGGUGUUUAGCCCAGUCCUUGGCCCAGCAGUUUUUUGGAUGUUUCAUAUCAAGAAUGUCUUGGUCUGAUGAAUGGGUGCUGAAGGGAAUUUCAGGCUACAUCUAUGGACUUUGGAUGAAAAAAACUUUUGGUGUUAAUGAGUACCGCCAUUGGAUUAAAGAGGAGCUAGACAAAAUAGUGGCAUAUGAACUGAAAACUGGUGGAGUUUUACUACAUCCCAUAUUCGGUGGAGGAAAAGAGAAGGAUAAUCCGGCUUCCCAUCUACACUUUUCAAUAAAGCAUCCACAUACACUGUCCUGGGAAUACUAUACCAUGUUUCAGUGUAAAGCUCACCUUGUGAUGAGAUUGAUUGAAAAUAGGAUCAGUAUGGAAUUUAUGCUACAAGUUUUCAAUAAACUGCUAAGUCUGGCUAGUACUGCCUCAUCUCAGAAGUUCCAGUCACAUAUGUGGAGUCAGAUGUUGGUUUCCACAUCUGGGUUUUUGAAAUCCAUUUCAAAUGUCUCUGGCAAAGAUAUUCAGCCAUUAAUAAAGCAGUGGGUAGAUCAGAGUGGAGUGGUAAAAUUUUAUGGAAGUUUUGCGUUUAAUAGAAAACGAAAUGUCUUGGAAUUGGAAAUAAAACAGGACUAUACAUCUCCUGGAACUCAGAAAUAUGUGGGACCACUUAAAGUGACAGUGCAGGAGUUAGAUGGAUCCUUCAAUCAUACAUUGCAAAUUGAAGAAAACAGCCUUAAACAUGAUAUACCCUGCCAUUCCAAAAGCAGAAGGAAUAAAAAGAAAAAAAUCCCACUGAUGAAUGGAGAAGAAGUUGACAUGGAUCUUUCUGCAAUGGAUGCCGAUUCCCCUUUGCUGUGGAUAAGGAUAGACCCAGAUAUGUCAGUACUGAGGAAGGUAGAAUUUGAGCAAGCUGAUUUCAUGUGGCAGUAUCAACUCCGCUAUGAGAGAGAUGUUGUUGCACAACAGGAAUCCAUUUUGGCUUUGGAAAAGUUCCCUACUCCAGCGUCUCGGCUUGCACUGACUGAUAUAUUAGAACAAGAGCAGUGUUUCUACAGAGUAAGAAUGUCAGCUUGCUUUUGUCUUGCAAAGAUUGCAAAUUCAAUGGUGAGCACAUGGACAGGACCACCAGCCAUGAAGUCACUCUUUACUAGGAUGUUUUGUUGUAAAAGUUGUCCAAAUAUUGUGAAAACAAACAACUUUAUGAGCUUUCAAAGUUAUUUUCUGCAGAAGACUAUGCCAGUUGCGAUGGCUUUAUUAAGAGAUGUUCAUAAUCUUUGUCCUAAAGAAGUCUUAACGUUUAUUUUAGACUUAAUCAAGUACAAUGACAACAGGAAAAAUAAGUUUUCAGAUAACUAUUAUCGUGCAGAAAUGAUUGAUGCCCUGGCCAACUCUGUUACGCCUGCAGUCAGUGUGAAUAAUGAAGUUAGGACUUUGGAUAACUUAAAUCCUGAUGUGCGACUCAUUCUUGAAGAAAUCACCAGAUUUUUGAAUAUGGAGAAACUCCUUCCAAGCUAUAGACAUACCAUCACUGUCAGUUGUUUGAGAGCAAUACGGGUACUUCAGAAGAAUGGACAUGUGCCAAGUGAUCCAGCUCUUUUUAAAUCUUAUGCUGAAUAUGGCCACUUUGUGGACAUUAGGAUAGCAGCUUUGGAAGCAGUUGUUGAUUAUACUAAAGUGGACAGAAGUUAUGAAGAACUGCAAUGGCUACUUAGUAUGAUUCAGAAUGACCCUGUACCCUAUGUAAGGCAUAAAAUUCUAAAUAUGUUGACUAAGAACCCACCAUUUACUAAGAACAUGGAGUCUCCGUUAUGCAAUGAAGCCCUGGUUGAUCAACUUUGGAAACUUAUGAAUUCUGAAGUGGUAAUGAGGAUUCAUCAUAACAAAAGGAGCUACAUCAUCUAGGUCCAGUAAUCUGGCGGAACCCUGCCUGCUCCUCACUUUGGGGCUCUUGGGCCAUCUGCUCACUUGAGAUAAGCAUUAUCAGGAAAACAGAAACUGUGAAUGAUGGAGAUGAAAUUGUAUUCAUUUAUUUCUCUCUUUCUGCAAAGUAGAUUUGAGGUAUGUUGACUUUGCAUAGUUACAAAAUUUACUGAACCAAUUUAAAACAUAGGAGAGAAUAUCAUGGUAGUUCAAAAGGACCAUAAAAUCAACAGGUACUUUUGAAGAAUCAGAAACUUUUCAGUAGGAGAAAUUGUGUAUGGAUUUAUAGAAACAAGAUUUUAAAAAUUGAAAUCAAUUUGAGAGUGAAACAAUGAUACUCAUGACUUUUAAAAAUUCGUAUGUCAUUCAGUUAAUACUAGUACUCAUUUUAGAAAUAUACUAGGGGAAUUUGGAGCUGAGAGACAGUUACAGGAACUGAGAACUCUUGGUAGCUACAUCACCAGGAGGAAGGUUGUCAGACUUUUUUGUUGAGAUUUCAGAGCUGCCUAGUCUCUGUGUGUUUCUUGGUGCGGAGUAACUCCACUUAGCCUUAAAUUCUGGGAGGUACUCUAAUAUCUUUCCAAAAUUUUUUUUGCUUUGUAAAUAUAUACACACAUUGACCUGUCUAUGUGUAUAUUCACUCAUACAUGUGUCAGAUAUCUUAACCCAUUCUUUAUGUAAUUUUUCAUAUACAUUUUUAUCUUCAGCAUUUUGUUUUUAAAAUUGUUAAAGCUUAAAAAUUUAAAGAAUAAUAUAGUACAUAAUCAUAUACUUUCAGCUUGAUUCAUCAGUUAAAAUUUUACCAUUUACUUUAUCUCCUUUUCCUUUUCUUUAUCUUAUAUUUAUACCCUGUUUUUUUCUGAAUCAUUUGAAAAUAAAUGGCAUCAUGAUCCUCUUCCCAAAUACUUCAGUAUACACUCCUGAGAAUAAGGUCAUUCUACAUAUCCACAAUAUGAUCAUCACACUGCACCCAGCAUAUAGCCCAUAUUCACAGUUCCCCAGUUGUUUCCAGAAAUGCUCUUUGCAGUUCCCAUACAGCUUUUAAAUUAAUGCUACACAGAAAGAUAGUAAACAUUUUUAAAGACAAGGAUCUUUUACAUUAUAUGAUGUUUGUCCAUGGUUGCUUAAGAUUCUUAAAUAGGUUUGUUUUUUUAUUGAAAAUAUCUAAUUUGCCAGGGGCAGUCGUUUUUAAAGGUUUCACAUAUUCAUUCACUAGUUUUUUUCUUGAGCACUUUCCAUUUGCCACUAUGCUACAUUUUCUGUGUGUUAACUAAGUAUAAUGGAAAGAGAGACAUAGGUACAGAUAAAUUAUAAUAUGAAGAGAUAGUUGCUAAUGUAAGGAGAACAAACUAUUUGGCGAACCCAAAGAAAGGAGCCAUGAACCCUGUCUGGAAGGCUUGAAUGUUCAUGGAGAGAUAGCAUUUGAGCUAGCUCUUGAUGAAUGGAAAGGAGUUUUCCAGCAGAAUAAAUACAUUUUUAGGUAGUAGAAUUAUAUAUAAAAACCUCAUGUUCUGAAGGAAUAUUUAGAAAAUAGUGUUAUCUGGAAAGAUAGAUUAGGAUCUAAAUGCAGAGGGCCUCGGGAUUUGGGGCUUUAUGCUUUGGUCAAUGAGGAACAGGUGUUGAUAGAACCAGGCUUACUUCGGUUAGCUGUGCGGGGGAGUAGCUUUUUUCCACGCCAAAGAAAAUGAUUUUCCUUUUCCAAAGGAAUAUGUAUCAGAAUUCGGAACAUACUUUUAUAGAUUUAAGUAAGAUAACAGAAUUAUAGGCCAAAACAACAGUAAUUUUAAAAUACAUUAAAAAAAUAAAAACCUAAGAAUUGGAGAUUUUUAUUGGUGCCUUAUAUUUUAUUUAAGACUUAAAUACUUAACGGUGGUCUUGCCUAAUUGAGUGAUUUUUUUUAUUUCUGAAGAAGCAGAUCUUCAUUGAGAAUGGUAUCUGACUGUAUAUCAUCAUGAAGGAAAUUUUAUCUGUUGCUUCCACAUUGACCUUUAAUUUAUGGAACAUUAUUGAAAGAAUGACAUAAAAACACUAAUUGUUCAAGUCAUUGAAUGCUGUUUAUUCACAUCAUAAUUUUUAGUGUUUGGAAAUUUACAACUACACUCAAGGGGGUAGAAUGAGGGACAACUUCUAAUUCGGUUUGAUAGGAUUUGCCAGGUUUCAGAAAAGAAAAUAAACAGUUUUGAUAUUAACAUGAGAAGGUUUCAAAGUUCUGCCUCACCAU